AUGCGAUCCUUCCUCGCCAUGUAUCAACCGAAAAUUCUUUCUUUCGUAUUAUCACCCAUUUUCAUCAAGACUCUUCUAGCCACCGUCAUUAUUCUAACUUCUAUUCGUACAAUAUUUCUUUACUAUGAAGUCUCUAUAACCACGGCCCUCGAACACGCCGCCGCAGCCUCCCCUAUUCGGCCUCAAACAGGGACCAAAUGUCUACCGCAACUGUCUCCUGACCUUUCAGAAACCCUUCGACUUCUGCAGUCAUCAUGUCGAUCUUCCCUCCCCGACCCGAAAUUCCACAUCCGGAUCACCACCGUGACGGCGCAAUUUGGCAACAUUCGAGAACACUACCAGAACGCCCUACAGUCUCACAUCCUUCAUACCACACUCCACGGCAACGGGAUCGGAGUCAUGUGUACACCUAUCGUUGACGACUUGUGGAACAAGCCUGCAUACAUACUGUCUCUGUUACUCGAUGAGAUGCUUAAACCGCUAGAAGAGCGGGCAGAAUGGCUGUUCUGGGUCGACCGCGACACCAUAAUCCUUGACCAAUGCCGACCGAUAUCGAGCUUCCUUCCACCCCGAAUCCUCAAUCGAGUUGCCGAAAGCAAGACGGCCUACGGGUCAACUCCGAAAGAAGAAGACGUACACCUCAUAGCGGCGGACGACUGGAACGGCCUUAACAACGGGGUCUUCCUUCUCCGCGUCGGUCAAUGGGCCAUCGAGCUCUUCAGCGCCAUCAUGGCCUUUCGGCACUUCAGACCUGGCACAGAACUCCGCUUCACCGAGCAGAGCGCCAUGGAGAUACUAAUAAAGGAGAGGAGAUUCAAGAAGGGGGUACGAAUGGUACCUCAGACCUGGUUCAACUCGUAUCCUGGCAGCCUCAAGGCUUCCACGUAUCUUGAGGGCAACGACGAAAAGGGGCUCUCGGAUUGGCAGACAAGACGUGGCGACUUUUUGAUACAUUUUGCUGGGUUCGGCGAGGAUGAUCGAGCGAAGAGUAUGAAUAGCUGGUUGUACAUGCUGGGGAAGACACAAUUUACCCUGGAAGAUGGGAGGGUGCAGAGAGAUGCUACACCGGGCAUCGAAGCAUACUGGAAAGAACUAGAACCGGUAGAGACGAAAUGA